AUGGGAUUGAAUGAGUUUAAAGAAGCUAUUCAGUUGAUGUAUUAGUACAAUUAUGCUGAAUCAGAGUUAUAUAUAAAGGAAACUCUAAAGGUACUUAAGUAAUAGGGCUAUGAUAAGUCCUAAAGCUAUCUAUACGUUCUCAAAAGACUUGCUUACGUUACUUUUAAGUAGCAUAAAUAUGAGGAAAGCGAAAAGUACUUUAAGAUAUGUGAAAAGCUUUGCCCACUAAUUACUAAAAAUCCAGCAAACUUAUUUGCUAACCAGAAAAAUCUACUUAUAUACUAUACAUACACUGAUUUAGCAAAGGCAGAAUAAUUAGGUCAGAGAAUGCUAUAAGAUUUAGAAGAAACUCUGCCAGCUUAUAAUAAGGAGCUUUGUCAUCUUACUGGAGUUUCAAAAAAUCUCUACAGAAACUGCCUGAAACAAUCUCCAAAGCCUUUACUUGAAGGUAUCAAUAUAUCAUUUUAUAUGAUUUUAGCCCACACAUUAAAUAACCUAGCUUGUGCUUCUUGGUAGCACUAUACUACUGAGAUGAAAGUAAAGACAAUUCCUGAAAUUACAAAGGAAAAGGAGAUCGCAAUACAGGAUAACAAACAUACCUUGACCUAUUUUAAAGAUGCUAUUGAGAAACUUGAAACUCUUCAUUAUGAUAAACUUGGCUUGAAAAGAACAUUAGAUGAGUACUAGCUGAUGGAAAAUCUUAUUGAUAAAGAUCAUGCAGUUCCAAAAGACCUUAGUUCUGACAAUCAAGAACUAUACUUCUCCCUUUUGAAAAGUAAAGAUGUAGGAAAAGUCAUUUCAAAUAUUUCAGAAUAUUUAUUAGACUAAGAAGGCUCAAAAGGUGAAUAAAAGAAUCCAGGCUUUUGGUUUAAAUUUGGAUUAAAUUAUUAUGAAAAGAUUGAUCCAGAGCAUAUAGAUAGACAUUUGAUUUUACUAGGACUUUUCUACGCCUCUUCAGGUGAUACCAAAACAGCUGAAAUGCUUUAUGGGCAAGCUCUUGAAAAGAUGUAAGGUGACAUAUCAUUCACUAAAGUCAUGGGAAUGAAUCUUUAUGGAAGACUAUUAAUUAAAAACAAAAAGAGAGAACAAGAAGCUACCAAAUAUCUUAGUUUAUCUGAGAGAAUUGGAACUAGACUACCUUAUUGGUAUGACAGAAUAGAGUACUUGUAUAUUCCUGAAUUUGACUUAGAUUGA